AUGGAUCAACUGAUGUCGGCAUAUUGUAAAUCAAGAAAUUUUGGGAUAAGUGGAAUAGGGAAGACACCAAUUGCAAAAUUGGUUUAUAAUUCAAAUUUUAGAAAAUUCGAAGGAAGCAGCUUUAUUGAAAAUAUCAGAGAAAUUUCACAACACACCCAUGGCUUAGUCAAAAUACAAAGACAACUUCUUUAUGGUAUUCUAAAUGGGAUAAAAGUGAAAAUACACAGCAUUAUUGAGGGAAUAUCUAAGAUAGAUGUCAUAACCUCUAAAGGGGUUCUUCUUGUUCUAGAUGAUGUGGAUCAUGUAGACCAAUUAGAUGCAGUACUUAGGAUGAAAAAUCGAUUUUACCGAGGAAGUAAAAUCGUUAUAACAACUAGACGUUCAAGAUUAUUAAAGGGUCAUCGAAUUACUAAGGUUCUUGAUGUUGAAACAUUGGAUUACGAUGAAUCCUUAGAGCUCUUCGGGUGGUAUGCUUUUGGCCAAGACUACCCCAUUGAAGGUUACCUGGAAUAUUCAGAAAAGGCAAUGUACCAUUGUGGAGGACUUGCAUUAAGUUUUACGUUGUUCUCUAUUGGGUGA